GGAUGAAAACUGUAUAUAUAAGCUUUUCUUGAUGAACUAAAACUACAUAACCAAAUCAGAAACACCAAAAUGGCCAUGAUGAUCCUUUCCAAAUACAUUCCAUUUCUUUUGCUCGUUCACAUUCUGUCACUCCAAACAUUCCCCCACCAUCAUCUGGCCCUCGCUGACGAUCCAACAGCCAGCCAAGCCAGAAAAGCAUUGGAGAUAGUUAUAGCCAUUGGUGCCGGCAUUGACUCUUCACCACCGGCUGAAGCUCCGACGUCACCUGGUUACGAGCUGAACUCUCCACCGCCUCCUCCAGAUCAUGAAACCUCUCCAUCACCAGCUGAACCUCCAUCACCACCUGAGUACGGGACUCCUCCGCCCCCACCUCCACCUUGUCCACCACCACCGCCACCGCCCCCACCUUGUCCACCGCCGCCGCCGCCACCAUUUGAGAGCAAGCGUAUUGAGCUAGUAUUCCCGGUCAUCCAACAACUCAAGAAGAAAAUUACGGAUGACCCGAAAGGUAUUACCAAGACCUGGGUCGGUCCGGAUAUUUGUAAUAAAUACAAAGGUUUCAGAUGCGCCGUUGUCCCUGAUUUCGGUGUCAAAGGUUUGUCCGACGUGCAAUUUAACGGGUUCAAUUUCGGGGGCCCGGAAUUGACACUAGACGGGUUCAUUGACCAGCUGCCGGACCUCAGCAUCUUCCAUGCAAAUUCCAAUAAAUUCACCGGCCUAAUCCCGAAGAAGAUUACAAAUAUCAAGUAUUUAUUCGAGCUGGACUUGAGCAACAACAAUUUCGGCGGCCAGUUCCCUUAUGAAGUAAUUGGAGCCACAAAGUUGACCUUUUUGGACCUGAGGUUCAACAAAUUUUCCGGGGCGGUGCCUCCCCAAGUGUUCACAUUAGACCUGGAUGUGCUCUUCAUCAACAACAACAACUUCCGGCAAACGCUGCCGGACAACUUGUUUACCCUGCCGGCUCUUUACUUGACUCUUGCCAACAAUAAACUCACCGGUCCAAUUCCGUGCACUAUCGGCCAAGCUUCAAGAACAUUAUCCGAAGUCCUGUUUCUAAACAACCAGCUUUCAGGAUGUCUUCCCAGCGAAAUCGGGCUGCUAAAGAAGCUCACUGUUUUUGACGUCAGUCGGAAUUCUUUGACCGGUCAGAUACCGUAUUCUCUUGGUUGUUUGACCAACAUGGAGAUUCUGAACUUGGCUAACAAUCAGUUUAACGGAGUUGUUCCCGAUUGCAUCUGUAAUUUGCCGAAUUUGAAGAAUUUCACCUUGUCCUAUAACUUUUUCACCGGUGUUGGACCGGCUUGCUUGAAGCUGAUUAAGAAGGGAGUUCUUGAUGUGAAGAAGAAUUGUAUUCCGGGGCUUCCGAAUCAAAGAUCAAAACAAGAAUGUGAUGCAUUCGCGUGUAAGCCGAAAAGUUGCCCCAACCCACAAAACCACCCAUUGAAUUGGAUGCCUUGCGGGCAGAGUAUCCGAUCCAGUGCAAUGGCUCGGCGUAACGCCGGAGAAUUAGCAGCAAAACCGUCAGAGUUGCCACUUUCUUACAAGGCUCUGCAUCCUCAUUAACUUGAUGUAAUUAAUUAUGAAGUCAAUGGCAUUAUUGUACCGUUAAUAUUCCUCGAUGAACGAAUCGAUACAUUUUGUGAUAAAUUUAUUGAAACUGAAAUGUAAGGCCUCGCUUGUAAAUUUUGUGCCCCGUCGACUUCGUCUAAGUAUCAAUAGAGACAUUGGACUUCUGGUUACAAUAAUGUAUGCGUGAUUCUGUCGCAACGACCAAUACCGCUGAUUUUUCAA